UUCGUUUUCUAUAUAAACCCCAAAGAGAUUGAGAUUGAGAUCCCGCUCCCACGAACCCUAACGUCUUCUCCAGACGGAGCUCAGCGAGCGAGCGAUGGGGGAGUGCUGGGGAGGCGAUGUCUCGGUAUCGCAGGAGCGUCUGCCGCGCUCUCAGGUCCUCAACCCUGUCGCCGCCCCGAAUGAUCGCCGGUUCUUGAAGCAUGUGUUUGAUAACCUCCACGGCAACAUCUCUCUCGAUCCGCUUUCUUUGAAGUUUAUAGACACGGAACAAUUCCAGAGGCUACGUGAUCUAAAGCAACUUGGCCUCACUUAUAUGGUUUACCCGGGAGCAGUGCAUACACGAUUUGAGCAUUCUCUUGGGGUGUAUUGGCUUGCCGGAGAAGCUGUUCGAUGCCUUCAAACCUACCAGGGUUCAGAGCUUGAUAUUGAUUACCGUGAUAUACAGACUGUGAAACUUGCAGGUCUUUUGCAUGAUGUGGGACAUGGACCUUUUAGCCACCUCUUCGAACAUGAGUUCCUUCCCCGCAUUCAUGGUGGAUCUAAAUGGUCACAUGAACAAAUGUCCUUGGAGUUAGUUGACUACAUCGUUGAUGAGCAUAAUAUAGACAUUGACUCGAGCACUCUUAGAAAUGUGAAGGAAAUGAUAGUUUCAAGCUCCAAAGCUGCUGGUACAAACCGUGCAAAAGAGAAACGUUUUUUAUAUGAUAUAGUCGCAAAUGGUCGGAAUGGAAUCGACGUAGACAAGUUUGACUAUAUCAGUCGUGAUUGUCGUGCUUGUGGACUUGGCUGCAAUAUUCAUUUCCAAAGGCUAUUUGAAAUCAUGCGUGUUAUUGAUGAUGAAAUAUGUUAUCCUGCUAAAGAAUAUCUCACCAUCCACAAAGUUUUUGGAACACGAGCUGACCUUCAUCGAACUGUAUAUACCCAUGCUAAAGUAAAGGCCAUAGAGCUUAUGCUUGUAGAUGCUCUUGUGAAAGCAAAUGAUUUUCUUGGAAUAUCUUCUUGCAUUUCUGAUCCAGCUGAAUUUUGGAAGCUAGAUGACACAAUCUUGAAAACAAUCGAAACAGCUCCUGACUCUGAACUGAAGGAAUCCAGAGAUAUAGUACUACGCAUCCGCCGCCGGGAUUUGUACCAGGGAAGGGAAAAGGCCCUUGAGCUCAGAGAUGGGGGGAUUUCACUUUCAAUGUUUUUCAAGUUCUCGACUUUGAUCCCUGAAGAUUUUGAGUUCUGUAACGAGUAUGCAGUUCCAAAGGACCAGUUAGAUUACUUCAAAGACGUCACCCCAAAAGAUAUUGUUUGCUCUCAGAAAGCUACUGGAGUGACACUGAGGGAAGAGGAUGUUGCUGUUAGCAAUAUUAAAAUUGAUUUGACUCGGGGAAAACAUAACCCUCUUGAAAGCAUUGGUUUCUUCCAGGACUAUGAGAGUGACCAGAAGUUAACCAUACCAGACGACCGCAUCAGCCAUUUGCUGCCUUCAUGUAAUCAAGACAAGAUAGUGAGAGUAUACUCAAAAAACCCCGAAUUGGUUGAGGCUGUAUCAGAAGCCUUUGAGAAUUUUCAGCUGAAAACUUAUGGCGUAAAGACUCAAGUGCAUGACACACCAGACAAGAAGAAACGGCGUAGGUAGACAGAUACUGGCACUACUUAACUAUCAUCAUAUGACUUAUUAUUUGUGUUGCUACCGUUUCGUAUACAACAUAUGCAAAGGAUUCUCACCGUUGUACAUCACUAAGAAAAAGGGUGAUUAUUUAGCUACUUAAGGAUCACAACCAGAAUGCAUGCUAAAUGUAUAGGCAACUUUUACUAAGUCCUGGUUUGCUAAAUAUUUUUAGUGCGAAGAAUGGAAGCAUCCGCUCAGCAAUUUUUAUUUUUUUUUAUUUUUAAA